AUGCUCGCUUGCAUUUAUGUAAGAGAGAUGGGGCUUAUGUGUGUACAUACCCGAGGUUCGCAAGAUGGCACCCGAGUGAAGCGUCUAAGGGCUGAUGCGGUGCCAGAACCGGCACAGGCUUUGGAUGCCCCUGAACCGAUCACCGACCCUGUGCCGCCAGUCUCAUUCAUCAAGGCUUCCGUUAAGGAGUACUUGGAAUUAGGGAUGGCAAUACCUGGUAAACCGGGAACGGACUACCCAGUACUAGGCGCCGUUCCGUACACAAAUUUUUACUGUGACGACCAACCUUAUCCAGGGUUCUUCGCUGAUAUGGAGACUAGAUGUCAAGCCUGGCAUUACUGUGACAUUGACGGGAGGCAAGCAUCGUUUCUUUGUCCCAAUGGCACAGUUUUCUCACAGGGGGUAGCGUCGUGUGACUGGUGGUUCAAUGUUCGAUGCUCACUCUCGCCAGCUCUGUACCCACUAAAUGCUAGACUUUACAGACGAAGAAGGAAACAGUCAAGACCGAAACCACACAGGGUCAUAGAUAAGAAACUCAUUGAUGAAAUAUUUUUGUAA